AUGGAUCAAAACAUGAUCAACUUUAUCUACGAAAUCAAACGAGUGGUUGUCGUGGUUCUCGUGUUACUAACAACAAACUGUUUCGCCACCAAUGAACCACCGUCUGCAGUAUCUCCGCCACCCAAAAAGAAACCAAAGAUAAGCCUACAAAUGGCCAUUUUGUUGGCCAGCCUGCUAACUGCCUUCUUAUUAAUUUGCUUCUUGUUCUUCUACUUUCGUCGCUACGCAGAACGCCAGCUUGCUCUGGCGGCCACCAGCGGCGAUCAAAGGACCGCCAUGAAGCUGGCGGUGGUUCGUGGGCUUGACCCUGCCGUUAUUGCGGCAUUCACAAGUUUUACUUACUCGACGGUGAAAGAUAUAAAGAUCGGUCAACAAGUGCUAGAAUGUGCGGUGUGCUUAAACGAGUUCCUUGAUCAUGAAGCUCUACGGUUGUUACCGGAAUGUAGCCACGUGUUCCAUCGAGAUUGUAUAGAUGAGUGGUUGGCUUCACAUAUCACGUGUCCAGUUUGUCGAGCGAGUCUUGUUCCGAAGCCCAGUCAACCCAGGCGUGAAACUGAGUUGCCUUGUGGCUCGAAUAGACACACAAAAGAUCAUGUUUCAGUUGAAUUUUUCAAUCUCGAACAUGAUCUUGCACCUCCUAGGAAAUUGUCUCGUUCUUUUUCGAUGGGACAUAUGAUGGUUCAAAAGACCAUAGAAAAUGAUGAUCGGUACACAUUAAGGUUACCGGACAAGGUACAAAGUGUUCUUAAAACUAAGUUCAUUGGGACCGGGACUGCGACUGAGACAGGGAUUGAUGUGUCAUUAUCAGUCGAAAGUAGUUUGAAAACGAGUCUUAAGAGUGCAAGUGCAAAUUUCGUUAGAGGGUCGAAUUAUUUUGACUACCAAAGGUUUGGUCACGAAAGACAAUCGGGUGGACGCACUUUUGGUAUCACGGGUUCAUUUAUCUCACGUAGCGGUAGCGGUAAUGGCUUCGCUAGAGAUGUUGAGGAUUCCACAACCGGUUCAGAGCGAUUUUUGACUUCUAUGAGGUCACCACUGAACCGUUUGUUACAACUAUCAAAUAAGGAUACUAAUAUCAUGAUAAGAUUAAACGAUUGUUAA